UUUGAGUAUUGGAGUGAUAAAUCUGUUCAGUAUGGCGACUAUGUUGGUAUGUUGAGUAUAUGAAACAUGUAAUUAUGAGAUGGUGUUUCUGUUUAUUUUAUGGUUUUAUGGUUUUAUUAUUUUAUUAUUUUAUUAUUUUAUUAUUUUAUUGUUUUAUUGUUUUAUUGUUUUAUUGUUUUAUUGUUUUAUUAUAUUUUAUUAUUUCUAAAUGAAAUAAGUGAUGAAAAAAAUGUAGAGAUGAGGAAACUAAGAGCAAUUUAUAGAAAUGGAGAGAUUAGAUAAUAUGAGUAUCUAUUUUGAAAAAGAGAAAUUUCGGGCAAUAAGAUUAAAAUUAUAAUUAUAAUUA